AUGGCGGCCAGGGAGCAUUUCGAGAUUCUGCACUCGUGUUGCCCGGUACGCUACAACACCAACCACUUCAGGGAGAAGAAUAUGGACAUCAUGCCGGCCGAGGUCGUCCAGCUCCUCCUCGGGAGCAGCAAAGCCUUCGUGCGGGAAACGAUGCAAGGCUCCUUGAACGAGUCCGCUCCCACAGACAAGCCAAAGAAGGGCUUUAUCGCUGCACAGCUGCUUCGGUCCGUGUCUGCGCUGUUCACGCUGUUGCGAUCCAGCGAGCCCAAGUUUGUCAAGUGUGUGAAGAGCAACAAGGAGAAGAAACCCAUGGUCAUGGAGGAGGAGACCGUCAUCAGCCAGCUCCACACACUGAGCAUCAUCGAGUCGCUGCAAACGGAGCGCCAGGGCUUCACUUACAAGAAGCUUUACAAGGAGUUUCUCGAGGAGCACACUGCGCUUUGCGUUGCCGUACAUGGCUGCUUGCCCUUCGGACCCACUUGGCAGCGGCAG